AUGACAAGCAGACUUGACCGUUUGCUGGUACUUUUGGAUACCGGAUCAACGCCGGUCAUACGAAGAACGGCUGCCCAGCAGCUGGGUGAAGUUCAGAAACUUCAUCCCCACGAGCUGAACCUCUUGAAGCGGGUUCAUGUUCAUUUGAAAAGCAAUAACUGGGACACAAGAAUUGCUGCUGGUGAAGCUAUUGAAGCCAUAGCAUCAAAUGUUCCAAAAUGGGUACCUUAUGGAUGCAAAGCUCAAUGUGAUGAAGCAUCUGUUGUUCCAGGAAGUUUGGAAAAGAAACAAGAUAUGUUGAUGUUUGAAAAGUUUGACAUUACUCAUGUUUUGAAACAUGGCGAGGCUCUUCUGGGAUCAUCUGGUCAAGAAUAUGAUGUUGUAGAUGAGGAAUUGCUGGGACUUGAUGCCAAAGAGCGACUUGCUCGUCAGCAAGAAUUGCUUAGGAAGCGUUUAGGCCUGGUUCCUGGUCUUGAGACUAAUUUGGAUAUUGUUUUGGAUGAUGAAGAUAUUUUGUCACCACAUCUUGUGGUGAAGAAAUCUUUUCAAAAACAAAGGUCAAGGGAAUGUCAGUCAACAGCAGAUCUUGUUGCUGCGGAAAUUGCUGCAAUUUCAAAUUCCGCUGGGAUGAGCUCGCGAGAAAAGAAUCGAGCCAAGAGGAGAGUGAAGAUUAUAGCGAAACAGAGAUCAAGAGAAAAUAAUUCCCCUUCUACUCCAAAAGACGAGAAAGAAUUUCUACCAGAAAAGAAAAUGAAGCUCACAGCACAAGUUGUUGUCGAUCAGCCGGAGGAUCCUGACAAGAUUGUCAUUGAUUCCAUUCCUGACACAACAUCGUGGAUUGAAGAGGAAGUUGAAUGGCCUUUUACAUUGUUUUGCCAAGAACUUUGCCAUGAACUCUUCCAUCCAUCUUGGGAGGUACGUCAUGGUGCUGCUAUAGGUUUGAGGCAUAUUGUACGUAUACACGGCACUGGAGCUGGUAAAAGAACGGAUACUCCUCAGGACGAAAUGAGGACUGCCAACGAGCUAUGGUUGGAAGAUAUGUCUUUAAAGUUGUUAUGUGUGUUUGCAUUAGAUCGUUUUGGUGAUUUUGUAACGGAUGAGGUAGUUGCUCCAGUACGCGAAACUUGUGCUCAAACCCUGGGCGUUGUCGUGAAACAUAUGAAAUGUGAAGCAGUCAAGAGUAUAUUAAACAUCUUGCUGACACUGCAGGCUCAAAACGAGUGGCAAGUGAGACAUGGGGGACUACUGGGGAUCAAGUAUUUGCUUGCCGUUCGGAAAGAUAUGACCGAGCAGUUACUUCCUCUCGUGCUGUCUCCUCUAACUACCGGAUUAGAAGAUUGUGAUGAUGACGUCAGAGCUGUGUCAGCGACGGCGAUGUUACCAGUUGUUGAUCAAAUGUUAAAGUUGAGCGUUGCUAAGAUUCCGUCUAUCCUUUGGAUCCUAUGGGAAUCCUUGUGUCUUCUAGAUGAUCUUUCUGCAUCUACCAGUAGCAUUCUUAUGUUGUUAGCCGCCAUCGUAUCGUCUUCUCGAGCUCAAUCGGAAUGGGCCGUGACCGGACGUCAAGAUAUUUCGUUGAGUUGUGUCUUACCCAGACUGUGGCCGUUUCUUCGUCAUAAUAUCUUGUGCGUACGGGCCACACUUCAAACUUUGAAGGUCAUCCUUGAUACGUCGGAUGUACGUUCAAAUGAGCUUGCUCCAUUGGAUUUCUGGUUGACACCAAUACUGGAAAACGCAAUGCGAUAUUGCUUUGAAAGAUUUCUUGUCGAACAAGACAUUGAACUACUUGGAUUGCUUCAAGAGGUGUGGAGGAGCAUUAUUCGUUGUGGACAAUACAAGCAAGUAGCUCAUCUGACGUCACAAUGGGGCAAUGUUUGGUUGUCGCUAUCAAUGUAUCCAAAGUCAGCGGAAUUCAAUGAAGCCCUUGUUAUCAGCACUCCAGCACAAGUUAAGGAAGGCGCUAAAAACGCUGUGGUUACUGACCGUAUAGGAGGUUUGUUGGUUGGUAAAACUCUCUCUGAAGUUGAAGCUAUUAUCUUACGUUGUAGACACGCCGCUGCACGUGCAUUGGGGUUCCUUUGUUGUCAUCUGAGUACAUUCGGUGAUGAUGCGUGUUUAGCUGUGUUGGAUCUCAUCGUGCAAUGUCUCCACGGAGCGCUUAGUUCAAACUCCUCUUCUCAACAUAUCAUUGUUUCCAUGACAAUCACAGAAUGGGCUUCACUUGAUAAGAAUCAUAAACAUUUGUCUACGCUUUCUACCAAACUUAUUGAAAAUCUGACCUCGUCUGUCGUUUACGAUGAAGUCAGUUUAUUAUUUACGAGAUUGCAAACGGAUUGUCAGAACUUGCAAAACACGUUUCAAGAGAAAGGAAUCAGCACUUCACCCCAGAAUAAUUCAAAUUAUCACACAAUUGAAUCUGCUUCAGCUCUUGUCUCUAAUGUUUUUCAAGAAGCUGUAAAAAUUUUACCGUCCAAAGACAUCAGUGCUCUUGAAGGCAAGCGUCAACAUCUUGUAUCAACUAUUGGACAACUACAGAGUGAAUAUGAGAAACACAGCAUUCGUGUAUCUUCCGUCAUUGCUGGGGCUCUCGUCACAAUGAACGCAUUACCUUCCAAACUCAACCCGAUCAUUCGACCGUUAAUGGAGGCUAUAAAAAAGGAAGAGGAUGCAGGCAUGCAGCAAUUUGCCGCCUGUAACUUAACCAAGUUGUUGGAAUGUUGUCUUCAAAGAAUGCCAUGUCCCAAUGCAAAAAUUGUAAAGAAUCUUUGCUCGUAUGCUUGCAACGAUCCUAACCAGACUCCAAUCAUCGCGCGCCAAAUGGAAACUCCUUCAAACUCCCAUUCUGGAUCAACGAAUAUAGAAAUGGACAGUUGCUACACUGGCAUAAUUACUUUAUAUAAGCAGAACAAAAGUAAUUUAUCUAACACCAAGAAAGAUGUAUCCAAAGUUGGUGUUGCCUCGGACAUGCCGUCGUCAGUGAAUGACACACAAAAAGAUGAGGAGCAUAGAAAGAACGUGCGACUGCAAAGGAUUGGGUCGGAGAUAACGUUACGUAAUUGCAAGACAUUUCAAGGAGGAUUUGCCGCAAAAUCCCGAACUUUGGGAUGGCUGACACAAACUCUUGGAAGGAAUCUUUCAGAAGAGGAUGUUGAAAAACUUCGCAACAACGUUACGUCGGCUCAAGAAAUUGUAAACACGUUACAGUUACUGGAACUUCUUAUUCCAGCUCUUCACGAAAACUUACAGAAAAAGAUUUUCGAUCUUAUGCCCACAAUCCUUCAGUGUAUUGUACAUCCGUACAACAGCGUACGUCACAUGGCUGCGAGAGUAGUGGGAACAUUGAGCAUAUUGUUUAGUUCAAACGUGAUGGAGAUUUUAUUGGAAAAAGUUAUUCCCCUUCUAAAUGAUGGGGAGAAUGUUGGUGGUCGAGAGGGAGCAAUAGAGACGAUAUAUUACAUUACGACUUGUCUUCAAGUUGAUGUUAUACCUUACACAGUUUUGCUCAUCAUUCCAACGUUAGGAGCAAUGAGUGAUUACUCGGAGCAUGUGAGACUCAUGGCGGCUCAAUGCUUUGCAACCUUAAUAAGUCUAAUUCCUCUAGAGUCAUCCUCGAAAUCUGUGCAACUGUCAGAAUCACUGAGCUGUAAACGUGACAAGGAAAGACAUUUUCUACAACAAUUGUUCGGCGAAGCUAGCUUAGAUAAUUUCAUAGUUCCUGUACCAAUCAAGGCAGAAUUAAGAAAGUAUCAACAGGAUGGUGUAAAUUGGUUAGCGUUCCUGAGGAAAUACAAACUCCAUGGUAUACUCUGUGAUGAUAUGGGACUGGGUAAGACUCUUCAGACGAUCUGUAUGGUAGCUGGUGACCACCAUGAGAAAAAAGUUGCUAUCAACGAGCACGACGGGAACAAUCAUCAAAUUUUGCCAUCUCUUGUGGUUUGUCCUCCUACCCUCACCGGUCAUUGGUGUUACGAGGUCGAAAAGUUCGUCACUAAAGACUUCCUUAAUCCGUUGCAUUAUACUGGAUCACCGGGAGAAAGAUACCGGUUGAGGGAGAAAGUCAAGCGACAUAAUCUUGUUGUAGCGUCUUAUGAUAUUGUUCGUAAUGACAGUGACUUUUUCAAAUCGAUUUCCUGGAAUUACUGCGUUUUGGACGAAGGACACAUCAUAAAGAAUGCAAAAACAAAAAUGUCUAAAGUCAUAAAAGAAUUACGAGCCAAUCAUCGUCUUAUUUUGUCAGGAACGCCAAUACAGAACAAUGUUCUUGAAUUGUGGUCGCUGUUUGAUUUCCUCAUGCCUGGUUUCUUGGGCAGCGAGAAAAAAUUUCAAGCGCAAUAUGGAAAACCGAUUUUGAUGAGCAGAGACGCAAAAUCUUCGUCGAAAGAGCAAGAGGAAGGUGCAUUGGCUAUGGAGGCCCUACAUCGUCAAGUUUUACCAUUCCUUUUACGAAGAAUGAAAGAAGAUGUCUUACAAGAUUUACCUCCAAAAAUUAUCCAGGAUUAUUAUUGUGAGCUAUCUCCAUUACAGCUGCAAUUAUACGAAGAUUUUGCGAAGAGCAAAGCGAAACAAGAUGUAGAGAGCAAUCUGAAUGAAGAUGGUGAAAAGCUUGACAAAAAGAGAGGAUCGACGCACGUUUUCCAGGCUCUUCAAUACUUGAGGAAAGUAUGUAACCAUCCUGCCCUAGUUUUAACUCCCACUCAUCCUGAAUAUGAGCGAAUCAUGGCACAGCUAAAGAAUCAGGCGACAUCACUUCAUGACAUUAAUAACGCCAGUAAACUGGUUGCUUUAAGGCAACUUCUUCAAGAUUGCGGUAUUGGAGUUAGUCAGUCCUCAGAAACGGAAGCAAUUGUGUCGCAACAUCGCGUUUUGCUUUUCUGUCAGUUCAAAAGCAUGUUGGAUAUCAUCGAGAGUGAUCUAUUCAAGUGUCAUAUGCCCACUGUGACGUAUCUCCGUUUAGAUGGUAGUACAGCGGCUGGCCAACGACAUUCGCUUGUUCAAAGAUUUAACGAUGAUCCUUCAAUCGAUGUCUUACUUUUGACGACGCACGUCGGAGGUCUGGGUCUUAAUCUCACUGGAGCAGACACUGUGAUAUUUGUUGAGCACGACUGGAAUCCAAUGAAGGACGCGCAGGCCAUGGACCGAGCCCAUCGUAUUGGACAGAAGAAAGUAGUCAACGUCUACAGACUAAUCACGCGUGGAACCCUCGAGGAAAAGAUAAUGGGACUUCAAAAAUUCAAACUGAACAUCGCGAAUACGGUCAUCACCCAGGAAAACUCAAGUUUUGCCGCCAUGGAUACGUCAAAUAUGUUAGACUUGUUCACAGUCGAUAAUAAGAAAGAGAAAAAGUCAACUGCUAGUAAAUCAUCAGCAAAAACAUCGAUGUCCGAGAUUCUGGAGAAUUUAGGCGAACUGUGGGACGAAGGACAGUACGAACAAGAAUAUGAUCUCAACACUUUUAUGAAUAAACUAGCGUCAUGACGAAAAUCAUAAUUAUGUUGCUUAUCAUAGUUAUGUCAUAAUUGUACACGUUAUUAAGUCACGUGUAUGGACAAAAUUACGUGGUCUUUAAACAUUUGCGUGGCCUGGGUACGGCGAGGUUUCGUGUAGCGUAUAUGGUGAAUGAGUGAAACACUGAAACAACUCUCACCCCAAGUUAAGGAUUGUGGAUUCAAAUAAUGACUUAUGAAUAAGUCCUUGUGGUAAUCUACUUUGUGUAACUUAUUUGUCCCAACAAGAAGACCUGCUUAAAAACUUUUGCGUCAAAACGUAGCUAAUGGAAAGAAAGCAGUUUUGUGUAAUUUGGACUUGUUACGUAGGUUGAAACAGGGGUUGUAGUGACAUUGAUGGAUACACUGUGAUUUUUGCUCGAGCGCCGUACGUAUAGUAAUUUAGUACAUAUUCAGGAGUCGUUUCAUUCAAUGAAGAUUAAACUCAAUUUGAAAUUGUGUAAAA